UAAAAUUUGACAUUUUAUAAAUAAUCAAUUUAGUUUAAAACUUCACAAAAUGGACAGGAAUAAUGUUGUUAUUAAAAUCAGAAGAUAUGAUAUUUCUGAAAACCCUGAAGAAAUAGAAAAAAUUGUUAUGCUAAAUCCAGAAUUAGAUUACCAGACGCUAAAAAAACAAUUGCAAGAUAUUUGCAACGUUAAUCCAGAAACAAAAGUUAUAAAAUUAAGAAACUGUAAAGGAGUACUAAUUCCUUUAUCUUUUAUCGUUGAAAAUCUUGAAGAUUAUUAUUAUGUUGACGUAAAUAAUGUUUCUUAUGCUGAGUAUGGAUCAUCAAACGUCAGUCUUCUACAAGAUGCAUAUGUGGACGCAGUAAAACACAAGGUGAAAUCAAUUGAAUCUCGAAUUUAUCAAGCAGAAUUUCUGCUACCGCAGCUUGAAUGGAGACGACAAUCUUACAUGGAAGAAACAAUUAAUGGGUUAUCAUCAAAAGUUGGGUUUCUCAACAGAAGAUUUGAUGAGCUACUGCCUCAAUUUAUGCCCAAAAUACCUGAAACAGCGGCCUGAAACAAGGCAUUAUAAUUUAUAUAGAUGUUUGUGGCAUUUUAAAAUACACUAUUUUAAGAAGAA